UGGGGACGACGAGGCUGGUAUACUGCUUGUACUACCUUGGGCAGAGCCGCGAAACGUCUUAAAAAAAGCGACUUAGUCCGCGACUCAACCCAAGAUUUUGUUUGGUAAAUUCGUUCCUUUUGUGUUCUGCACUAACAGAGCCCGAGUUCAAAACAUCACUCACAUCAAUGGCUGCCGUUCUCUCCCUCCACACCCUCUUUCUCCUCCCAUCAAACCGUUCCUCCCAAGCUAUUUCCACAAAGCCCCGGGCUGUCCUCAGCCAAGCCAACAAAAUGCGAGUCCCCUAUGUGCUGAGGCAGGGAUAGUCCCGUCUUUUCCACAAGCUCCCUUCUGGGCUGAACAUGGAGGUCAUUGUGCAAAAGGAAGACCCAGAUGAGAAAAAGAAGAGAAACACUGAAAACCCACCUCUGGUUUUCGUCCAUGGAAGCUACCACUCUGCUUGGUGCUGGGCUGAGCACUGGUUGCCGUUCUUUUCAAACUCUGGCUACGAUUGCUAUGCCGUUAGCUUGUUGGGGCAGGGUGAAAGUGAUGCGCCUGCUGGUUCUGUUGCUGGUACUCUCCAGUAGACACACGCAGGUGAUAUUGCUAACUUCAUCAACAGAAAUCUCAAGUCACCACCAGUAUUGCUUGGACAUUCAUUUGGAGGGCUUAUUAUUCAGUCCUACAUUGCAAAUCUUAAGAAUGACCAACUCUUAGGUAACCUUCUACUUUUACUGGUUUAUAUUCAAGUAAAGAACUCAAGAAGGAUAAUGCCGUGUGAAUGAUAUUAUUUAUUUAUUUAUUGUAAUAGUUGCGUUAUAAAUUGGAACUGAUUUCAGUGUGCAGGGUGAUAUAUCUUUUAAGACAGGCCUGAGAUUAGAAUUUUUUAUUUUCAAAUAAAACAAAAUGGCUGUUAUACCAGCACAAGUUUGAGUGUUAAGUGUUGAACCUCAAGACACUACAGUUGUGCUUUCUAUUUUCUAUCAAUCUUAGGGUUUGUUUGCU